CAGGUCGCGUCGGCGCUUCAGUUCACAGGCUGGUGCCGUGACGCGCGGUUGGCCUGCGCGGUGUUUCGGAGUGCGCGUUUCUCGCUGAGUCAGAGUAAGAGAAAGAGAGAUAGAUAGAUAGAUAGAUAGAGAGAAGCAGUUGAAGCUUUGAUCGUCUAAUGUAACCGGAAAACGCGAGGCGAAAUAGUGAUUAUCAGAGUUUACGCGAUUCGAAUAGUUAGUCGUGCCACACAUCUGAAAUCGUUCGUUGCUUCGAUUCUCUGCUCCGACAGACGCAUCUUCUCCGUCACUCGUGGGAAGAGCAAGCUCGCACUGUUUCCCGGUGAGCUCGAUGAGACCUCUACUGAUCGCGACCAGUGAAUAGUACGGGUACCGUUCUCACGCCGAGAGGGUCCAGAUCAAAAAACGGAGCGCAACUUUCGGAGCAACUUUGCGACAACGGACGUCCACGGGGUCGCGCGCGAAUGACGCGCGGAUAAACAGAUCGAGAGGCGCGAGUGGGGCUGUCUAUCAUCGACUUCGACCGCCGCCGAGCCGAGUUAUCGGCUCCGGUUAUAGGAGGACGUAAUCGAGGAGCUCGUAAAGUGAGUGAGUGACAGUGACGGAAGUGUGUGAUCGCGAGGGCGGCGGAGGAUAGGAGGGAAGUUCUUAACGACGGGGGUGUAUAGCGCGCGCGCGCGCGAGGAAGGGAGAGAGAGAGAGAAGAUCAUCGUUUCCCGAGGGCUGAGACGUCGCUCGUCAAAAUCGGUGCGGAUCCCGAGAUAUCUCACCGUCGAUAUUUCUGAGUGAUGUUUUGAGCCCUUACCGCGCGCGCUCUCGGAAAGAUGAAGGCUGUGAUCGGCUCCUCCUCGCUUCUCCUCCUCGUUCUGCUCAUCAGCGGUGUUGUUUCCGUUGAGUGGAAGCACAGCGCCGUGCUGGACAACAAUUUCUUAGUGCUGUGGACGCCCGGCGAGAGAGACGUUACGUUCGAGAUCCAGGUGAAGACCCUCGGCUAUGUCGGACUCGGUUUCACGAAGGCAGCCGAGUCCGGCCGCGCCGGGGCUGACAUGGUCAUCGGUUGGGUCGAUAACAACGGUCAGGUCCACCUUCAGGACCGGCAUGUGAAGGACACCAGCAAAGACCCGCAGAUGGAUUCGAGCCAGGACUACCGGCUGUUACUGGGUUACGAGAACAAGACGCACACGGUCCUCCGUUUCAGCAGACGAUACGACACAUGCGACCCGCGGGACCUGAAGAUCACGAACGACACGAUGCAAGUGGUUUGGCAAUAUCACGUCGAGGAGCCGGUAUCAGCGGCCGGGAUCUUGCCCGAUCACGGUGCAGUGCGAGGAACGAGACCGUUGUAUCUGGUCCAGAGAGACGCGCAGCCAAGGCGAAAUUCACGUAAUCCAGAAACGGAGAAGCCGUUGAAAAUUUGGGACAUCUUGAACAAGCAGGUUCGUUUACCCAUGGGGCAAGACACGCUGCUCUGGUGCCGUGUCCUGAAGAUGCCGAGCAUUGAUCGCAAACACCACGUCGUGAAGUACGAACCAGUUAUUCAGCCGGGAAGCCACCAAUACCUGCACCACAUGACUCUGUACGAGUGCCGCGGAAAUCAAACCCAAUUGGAGGCCGCGGCUCAAACGAACGGGGAUGUCUGUAACGCUCCUGAUAAACCCGCAUUCCAGUGCAACACGAUCGCAGCCACUUGGAGUCUCGGUUCUGAGGGCUUUAAUUAUCCGCCGGAGGCCGGAUACCCGCUCAAUCCGUCCAACGGGCCUCACUACUACAUGCUGGAGACGCACUAUACGAACCCGCAGCUGGACGCCUUCAUCAGCGACAGCAGCGGCCUACGUCUUCUCUACACCGAGCAAGUGCGCGUCCACGACGCCGGCAUACUCAGCGUCGGCAUCGACCCGAACUGGCGGCACAUCAUACCGCCCGGCCAACACGAGGUGGUCUCUGAGGGCCACUGCAUCUCCGACUGCACCGAACAGACGAUACCGAACACCGGCAUCAACAUGUUCGCCGUCAUCAUGCACACCCACCAACUUGGCAGGAAAGUGCGCCUACGGCAGAUCCGCGCUGGCGAGGAGCUGCCGCCAAUCGCCGCCGACGUCAACUACAAUCCCAAUUAUCAGGAAUAUCGGAGGUUGCAGCGACCGAUUAAGGUGUACCCGGGUGAUCACUUGGUCGCCGAAUGCACGUACUCGUCCGAAACCCGGGGGGCCAUCACGCUCGGCGGCUUGGGGACGAGAGAAGAAACUUGCCUGGUGUCCGCUCUCUAUUAUCCGCGCAUUGAGUUGUCUCUCUGUUAUUCUUUACCGUCGCUACCGACCGUACUGCACAGCUUGGGAAUCCAGAAAUUAAAGCACAGGGGUUCCAGCCCGGUGAUGAUCGAGGAGCCGAAACAGCUGGCGGGCCUGACGCUGGAGGAGCGUCUGUUGGGCUACGACUGGGUGACGAACUUCCAAAGCUUCCAAGAGGUCACCCGCAGCGGCACGUUCAAGCCGCUUUGCGGCAGCGGCAAGGGCGCCCUGCCCGGCACGGACAACCUCGAGGUGCACUACCCGCGCAUCCUCAGGCCAUACGAGGAGGCGAGCGCGCCCUGCGCCAAGAAGCCGCUGCGCAACAAGCUGUCGAUGCUGCUGAGCGAAGACGACGACAUCGGCGCGCCGGUCGACCCCGACAGCGACGAGUCGAACGCGGUCGAGCGGGGCCAGCUGGUGCGCAGCAAAGUGUCUCGUAGCAGCGACGCGGGACCGACGGCCGGCAGCUCGUCCGGCCGCACGGUCUCGGCGGCGAUGAUCCUCGCCGUUGCCACGGUCGCCGUCGGCGCCGCGUUCAGGUGAACGUCGUCGCCGCGCGACCGGCCGAUUUCCCUCGGUGCCGGGAUCACCCCUGACGGAGUCAUCCAUCGCGAUCGAACCCGCGGCGAACCCAGCAACGACCGGAGCGUACGCGCGCACACGCUGCAUGCGUGCGCGCGUACGUUCAUGUAAGUACAUGCCAAUCUCAGCGACGCGACAACUUAGCUGCUAGGAUAUAGAUGUUAUCAUCGUUCCACGAGCCGCCCGGGAUUCGUCGGCAGAUUCGAUCGGUACUUCUUUGCGGAGCGGUGGACGGUUGCGUGAAGGUGGGCGCGCGGCCCGGCCACCUGCUGGCGUGCUCUUCGCACACGUCGUGACGCGUUAUUCGGCGAUGGAAUUUUUCCAUCUCUUUUGACUCCUCAUUAUCGUCCGGACGAGCAAAUGCGGCACAUUUGUGGCAGCGACGACCAAGUCGGGGAAGCUCGUAACGCAAUCGGGACGCGCGCGCGCUGACAACGACAGGAGACGUUUAUUUUCCACGAAGCGACGUGAGCAUUGCUCUCGGAAAUCUCGCGGUGCUGACGUUACAUCGCGCCGUCUCCUGACGCACGUAAUAUUUCGAGACUGGAUUCAUACGUGACGGUUGAAAUAAGCAUCUCGCGCGGAAACUCUUCGGCCACGCGCGCAUCGCGAAGAGUUCGCCAGCCUUCGGCCGCACUUCUGCGAGUGGGGGAAAGGACAAUUGCAAUCACCAUUCGGUCAGGAGGAUGUAGGUGAAACCUAUAUACAUACAUAUAUCAUAGAAGACGUAGUGGAAAUUACCGGAUCCACGUUAUCUCGAUUUAUAUAUAGGUGUUGAAAUAAAAUUAUGGUAAUUUUACGGUGGCGUCACACACAUCGAGAUAUGAGAGGGGCGUCUCUCAUCCAUCGCCGUACACGGUGCUCGGUUUCACCGGCGAGGAACGUUAAUUCUCUCCUUUCCAACGUAGCUUUACAGUUUAUGUGUCAUGGACAGUGUCGAAAUGAAGAAUCGCGAACGGUAAAGGUGUGACACAGUAAAACACACACAAAAAAAAUCGAACGUAUCUACCGAUUAUUUCGUCGAUUAUUAGAGUCGUUUCUCCACGUAGAGCUGUCGCUUCUGUGAUAUUUGACGUCUUGAUUUAAGAAGAAGGCUGUAACUGCCGUAUCGUUCUCUCAUCGUGUAUCGUGAAACGAGAAUGACUCUAUAUAUACGUAUACAUACACAUAUAUGUACGCUGUAGCCGCUAUUUUUACGGGAACAUCUACGAGGUAGCAAAUAAAUGUACAGAGAACACUUUCGCCGCGUCUAUUUCGAGCAAGUUCAUUCUGACAUUUUUGGUUUGACGGAGCGUUCUAAAAGUCUUAGACUCUUCAAUAUUCUCCUCUGUAUAUAGUUUAAUCCCCGAGCACACGCGCGAUUUCGGGACCUGGGGUGAGAGACUAUUGAAACGUUCUCAUCCCGGAAUUCGAAAAUUAUUUGGCAAAGCUCGAAGGAGGAAGAGACGCAAAGAGAGGGUGGAAAGGGGGUGAGACGCGGAGUGUGAGAGAGUUAAUGACGCUGCGCUGAGCGGAAGCGGAUGUGCAACGCAUUAAUUUAGCCAGCGGUGAAACCGAGCGCGAAGGAUCGGAUCUAUCGCGUCCUUGUUUCGCGAUCGGCUUUUCUCUUUCGCGACCUCCGCCCUCGCGCGCGCACCAUUGUUACGUAAUAGAGAGGUGUUUGCGAUACGACGUGCUUCGAGCGUGACAGACGUGUCCCAGUCCGCGCGUAACAACACCGUGCGUCACGACGAUUCUCUCGUUUGAGCGUCACACGUAUUAUUAUUUAAACCCGGGACUGUCGCGUUUAUCGCGCACUCGAGAUACGCUAUCGCGUAGAAAAUCCGUGCUGUUCCGUGCGUUCGCGCGCGGGACCACUGACCUGGCGGGAUAUUUCUCGGAUGCGAGCUCGUUGGCCGUGUCGCGUGUGCAUUGGCGACGCGUCCAAGUCGAAGUGUAAGCUGCAUCUCGACGGCGAAAAUAAAUAUCGCCGCGGCUUUCUCUAUUCCGGUGUACAUUCGCCGUCUCGCUUCGACAUGUAUUGAUAAUAGCGAGAGAUUUGUAACAAAAUUAAGAUAUCACAAAAUCUUUUCAUUCAUCGAGAUCAGUCUCGACUCGUUGAUUUGUGUUAAUAUUAUCGACUUAAUAGAUUUUUAAUAAAAUUAAAAGUUUAGGAGAUUUUUUUAUUUAUCGAGAUAAAUCUCGAGAUAAAUCUCGAACUCUUUGAUAAAUCAAGAGACAAUAAUUGCAGAAUUUUUGUGUAUGUCUCGAUUGUAUGUAUUAAUAAUGUCAAGAGAUCUUUAUAAAGUGAAAAAAUCGAUUUGUCAAGGCAAAUCUCGAGCUCUCUCUCUCUCUGAUAAAUCAAGAGAUCGAUAAUUCCAAAGCUUUUGGGUCCGUAACAGUAUUUUAUGCAAAAGCAUAGUCGACACACAGUAUCUCGAUCACGAGAAGAACAAACGAAAUUUACUCGCGGCGAUACACAUAUUGCGUGACCCGAGAAAGAGGCAGCGAUUAUCCAAACAAAGUAUCGCGAAGAAAAUUGUUUGCGGCGCGUUUUGAUUGGCUUACGAUCCGUGAAUACAACUCGGUUGUAGAAUGCAACCGUUGAUUCGUACAGUUUAACAAUCUACGGAUUGAUAACGAUCGAACUACUCAUCUCCCGUGAGCGACGCGGCGGGAUACAAACGUUGCGGCACUGGUGACUUCACUAUUCAUUUACAGUUUUAGUUCAUUAGUUAAUCUCCCGCGAUCACACUGCCCGAUAAAGCUGCCACUCACUGUCAUCACCCAAUGUGAUUCAUUGUCGUGAUUCUACCGUCAUCGAUUCCGCGAUGGUUAUCUCGCGCUGUGUCACGAACCGAAGCUACUUUCAGGCAGCAUUAAAAUGUAUCUGAUCCAUCUCGAUGGGCGGAGGAGAUGACAUUUAAUAAUGAACGCGUAGAGAGAAUGCCGUUUGAUUUUUCAUUGCGCGCGACCUUAUCGGCCGACGACCCCGAGCGAGAGAUACCCUAAUAUGCGAAUUUUCGCGUAUCGUCCGCGUCUCGACGCGAAUUACUUUCAAGCUUCUUACGAGAGAGCUUAAUUGUUGGCUGUUUAUUUGCUGUUCGGGAACCGGGCGAGGCGUCGCGAUUUUCGAAGCGGGCUAAGGAUUAUGUUUCUCUCCCGUUGGAGAGGACACAGCGACUGAGUUUGCCGCGGUUCCGAUUUGAAUUUAGUCGUAGGUUCGUUCGGAGCACGAGAAGAAAUUUUCCUCCAGAUAUUGCCUUUCCAUGAAGCAAAGAAAGUCGAGUCGAGAAUCCACAGAAGAAAUAAUAAAUAUGCAAAGUUGUCGAAUUGAUGUUUUAGUUUAGAAUCUUAUGAAUUUCUCUCACACGCAACGAAAUAAUUAAAAAAGAAAUUAUUAGUUAAAUAGCAGCCAGAAUUAACGUACAUUAUCGCUUUUUUUCAACGCACUUUUAUUUAUCAUGAAGAGAUUGCUCGCGAGAUUUUAUUUCGUUUUUAUGGAAGUGAGAAUCUCGAUUCCCGAGGAACAUUAUUUUGCUCGGACGAGUCACGAUGAUUUCGAUGGCCACGAAACGAGUCGCGCUCGCACGGUUCCCACCCAAGUCUGUACAUUUUGUUGACUAGAUGGUAGCGAUAGUGAUAGCGACGUUUUUCAUUUUUAUUACUCGAACAAUGAUCGUAUAAGCAUUGGUUGAUUUGCACGCGAUGGCAAUUCCGUGCGAGAAUCUAAGUCUCGUUGCAGGAACAGUAAUAUUCUCUUUCGUUGAGCGUUUCGCGACUGGUGUUACUUAACCAACGUUUAUAUAUAAAUAUAUAAAUAGAGAAACACACACUAUACAUAUAUAUAUAAAUAUACAUAUUAUACAUACCCGACAACUCUUUGUAAUAUUCUGUACAGUUUAUUACGUGUAACGUUAUUCACGCGCUUGUCCAAAAUGCUCGUCGAUCCGUGCACGGGCGGUUAUUUAUUCUUUAUUUAAUGUAUAAAGCGAUUACUUGCGCGACCCGACACAUCUCUCUCUUUCCUACAAUGUUACAUAUAAACACGCGUCAACACACACCCUCGCACUCACGAGAUUUUCGACGAGUCUGACGCAUCGCAGGCAGACACUGUCUCCGGCACAGGUGUGACUUUAAUUAUCCGGUGAUGAUCCGCAACGAUCGUCGAUCGAGGAGUGAUCGAUGUGCGUUUGACCGUGCGAUAAUUUGCGAUCGAUCGAUCAGUAAGGGUAAAAGCUGAAUUAGCGAUUAUGAUUUUCGCGAAAGCCACGAUCCAGUCUGUCUCCGGCGUUACAAUGCAACACUUCGCGAGGUGUUAUCACCUCGGAAACGGAAUCUAUCCGAUUCUACCAAAGUCGCGUUUAUUCCACACCAGAGAGCUUAUGGUUUGCAGUCAAUAUUACCAGACAUUCUCUCUGAUCGUAAUCGUUAUUAUCGUUAGCCGUACGUGCUUGUAUCGGUUACACGAUGCGAAUAAAUAUAUGUCUACGACGUGCCUAGUGAACUCGCCAACGUCCGGGGAUUGAACCAACGUUUUUGAUCGAUACAAUCUGCAUCGCGAUUUGCAUUCGACUCGAAAGCUUCUCCCGAUAAUUUCCAUUUAAAUGACUCUCUCUCUCGACUCGGAUUUGUUCUUUACUCUAUUUCACUUUGAAAUCAAACGAAACGGAGGUGUCCCCGAACACGCGCCAUUACCGUUACUUCAACUUUGCACCGUGCGGUAUUAAUAGGAGAAAAGCAAAAAAAUAAAUAAAUAAGAAAAAACCAAAAAAAAAAGCGUAAAACAAAAAGAAAAUAACGGGGAGCUCUGUUGGUCAAGUCAUCUCCGAAUUAUUUGAAUAACUUUUCCUUUCGCGUCUACUUCUCCACCUUUUCGGCACCUCACGUUUUUCGGUGUUAGAUCGGAAAGAGUUGCGCUCCUUCCUCCUCCCCAUCCCCUUCUAAUGUAGCCAAGUCUCAACGUAGCGCGACUAAUCGGUAAUCGGACACGUAGCUACGUUUUACAAUUUAAUACUAACUGGUAAUUCGUAAAUGUCAUAGGGAAAUCUGUCUGUGUGUGUGUGCGCGCGCGUGUGUAUGUAUAGAGAAGACUCUAGGAGCAAUCGAGUGGCCGUACCUUAACCCUUAAGUAGUCGCGACAACUUUGCCGAGAAUAUCAUGUUGCGACGCCCCAUUUAGUUGCAGAGCAUAGUAUGAACCCACAUUUCCCCGCCAAAAGUGAAUGAAAUUUAUCAGCGAAAAUACGAGCCAGGGAAAGGUAAGGUUACAGCGACGGAACCACACAUCGCGUCGAUGAGCGACUUACAAUUGCGACGUAGCUUAUGCGCAAAUGGAAAUUUGCAAAAAAAGAGAAAAACGAAAGAGCGGAAGGCGGAAAAGUGUUAUCUCCGUGUGAGGCAAUUUUGUUCGUAUGCGGAAAAGGAAAAGAAAAAAGAUUUCAGUUGGUGCGCGUGGGUACCAGGCGAGAAACUGGCGAGUAACAAUAUCCCCGAGUACUGUGAGUUGAAAACGCUCAUCCGAGAACGUUCACAGCUGCAUGAAAACUCGAGUCAAGAUAACCGAGAGCAAUUGGCUGAGCGGAAAGCUCCUACAGGGAGUCUUUGUUCCCACGAGCGAGUUUUUCAUCUGGUCCCCCCUCCCCCCAAGUAACAGAGAAUUCAGUUACGCUCUAACGGAGUUGCUUUUUCCGUGUAUUACGAGACAACGCGGUCUCCGAUCGCCAUCGACCACUUAAGGGUCACCAGCGGCGCGGAGGUCAUUCGCUGGUGACCACGCGCUGUACUUGUCGAGUCGAAAUUGCCGAGAACUGCCGGUAUAUCGCUUUACGCGAAUAUUGUGUUCCGAUCGGUCCCGUUUCAACCGCGAGAACGGGCGAGAACUAUAUCCUGGCGAUGAGGGGGGAGGAAGCGGUUGCCAGACGAUAAAUCCGCGUAUGACGUCGACUCCCAACGGUGCUCGAUGGUUCAUAGUUGUUCGGCCAACUAUUUUCGAUAACUCACGACGGCACACGCCGGACAAUUAUUAUACGCAAAGAGACGGCUACACCGCGGCCGGCUAUUUUUUUUUCCUUUUUCCCCUCUCUCUCCCUCGCUUUUUUCACCGAUAAACCGUUAGCCGCGAGCGCGAGCUUCCGCUGCGGAGAGUUACUCGAUAUUUUUCGAGAAAUUCGUCGGCUCCAAACGGAAUGUUUACAUCGACGAUCCGUUAAAUAAGGACACACACACAUACGGGAUAUGCGCCGUGCUCGCGUUUUUACACUGUGUACACCUGAAAGAUAAACCGAAAGAUUGAAACUUCCUUCAGAAGCAAUCAUCCGCGUUCAGUUGUCUUGUUUUAGUCGUCAAGAUUCAGUUCGUAGCUAAACAAGGUUUAGUUCAAAGCUAAGCUAGUAACUAAAAGCUGUGAGGGUUUAUGUUAUUGUUAUGAGGACGUGUUAUUUUAUUCGGGUCAAUUUUUCGAAAUCCUCUGAUAUAUCGAAUACCCAAAUUAGCAUCGCGGUUUUAUAUCCGACACGUUGACAUGCUUUCCUUUUUCCUCGAGAUAAGUCGACAAUGCGCGCGUCUGAUCGAUCUCAACGAGACCAGUUUGGCGAUUGAAAGUGUUAGCUAAACCUUUCGACCGAUUUCACCACAGUUUUUUCGCUGUAUUAUCUUCUCUCUUUUCCUUUUUUUACUCCUCCAUCCCUCCCUCUUUCUUCUCUCUCACUCCGUUACGCGUCCUAGGAUUCGCUGAAUGUCGGGCGAUCUUUGGCUUCGUCGGGAACGGGCUCGUAAGCAUCGUUGCGCAAUGAGCGAGGACGACGCGGUGUCUCGUCCUCGUUCUUGGUGAGUCGAUAAUUCUCGUCGGCGAUGAGCCGACGACGGCAAUCGGGGGCGAUCCGCCGUCGCGGAUCGUCGGCGACGCGGAUGGGUGCUAGGUACCGCCGGUGAUAUGAACAGAACAAUCAAGCGAAAAAAAGCGUCACGAGUAAAUGUCCUUUAAAGUGGGCUAAUUAAUGAAUUACGUUUAGAUAUAACGGUAGAGCGUCGUUAUAUUGCGCCAUUUAUACUCGAUGAUCUUGUAUCGUACGUAGGCGUAUAUUAGACGAUCUUCUUUUCCGUCACGAGAUUGCCGGUGUUCACCACCUCCUCGACGACGCGUGACCGGCGACACGUUUUCUCCGGAGCGAAUUUGUCCUUUCGAGAUAUCGAUCGCUUCUUCAACACCCGAUCGUGAAAUAUAUACGUGGGUCGUUCGGAAAAAAAAAAACACGUGACCUACGGAAAUGGCGCGAGAACUUGGUUAAAUCUCCAUCUACUCUCUUAAAAUGAAUCAGUGAAACAUCUGAAAACAGUGAAUAUACACUGAUUUGCAGUUAUAAGUGUUGAACUGAAAGUGCUCAAUGCUAUACUUAUAACUGAUAUCAGUGAUUAUUCACUGAUUUACUUUAACUCUUUCAGUCCCUAUAUCCACAAUUGUGUGGGUCAGGUUUUGCCACUCUAUCUUUUCCCCCGCUCUCGCUAAGUGAUUCAGUCCGACACCAUACGAUUAUGAAUGUUCUAUUCUCCAUUACGGAGCUUCAAGUAGUUGCAAAUCUUGCGAACCUUGCUUUGUUUUUUGAAAAUGGCAAAUUUUUGAAAAAAAUUUUUGUAUAUUUUUGAAUUUUAUGUAUAUUCUAAGUCAUAGAAAUGCCCUAAUAUAAAUAAAUUCAAAAUUUCACUCUUAAGACUGAAAGGGUUAAGAGAGUACCGUAUGACAGCGCCUUCUUUCAUUAGCUAAGUGUGAUAGUAUGGAGCGAUUUGUCCAUUGGUCUUGGUCUCACAGUGCGCCAAAGUGAGCUCUGCGAGCGACGGAUCCUGCGUUUGGUCACACCAGCAAACACUCAGCUCAACAGUUUCAUUGUUUCUCCUGGUAUGCUUUUGUCGCAGUCUGAGGGACUUUCAGCACCGACUCAUAACUGUCGAUGAUACCUGGUUCUACCAUUUCACUCUAAAAACAAGCCAAGCCGUGAAACAAUGAACACGCACCGAGACACUCGAGGCGUUCCACUUUGGCGCACCGUCACCCAAACACUAAUCAUCAGAUCACUUUCAACUUAUUGAAGAAAGACUCUGAGAUAUGAGUAAUAAAGAGAUUCGACUAAGUUCGCGCUAUCUCUCUAUUAAGCCGUGCACUUUUCCAACGACUCGUAUAUCCGCGUCCCUCUUUUCUCGCAAAUUAGAACACGCGUGUUUCCGGCGAACGGAGUUAUUACACGGGAAUCGCGCGCGCGCGGAGAAUAACCGCAGAGUCAACAGAAUAUAUUCCCCCUUUUCUCGAAUGCAAAAUCCUCGUCGCGGUGAAGACGACAGCGGCGACGACGACAACGACGGCAGCGGAAAAUCGAAUCGCCUCGCGGCGUCUCGAAGUAGCGACGUCACCUUCCACCACUUCCCAACAAAAAUGUUUAUUCCACCGGGAGUACCGAACCGAAUUCGAGUGGGAUACGAUUCCCCGUUUGGAGCGCGAGUGCGCGCAAAGUCGAUCGACGUCGACGUUCGAGGUCGCCGCGGGCUCGACGAGUAUGUGGUGAAGGCCGGGAAAUCGAAAAUGUAUGUACUGUACGUAGAGGAUUUAGCGAUCGCCGGCUCUCCGCGAGUUUUGCGCGCCCUUUGUCGGAGAGCAAAGACAGCGUAUGGCGAUCGAAGCGGUAAUGCGUAAACGCGAGAGAGUGCAUAUAAGGGAAAUCGGGCGGAUAGCGUGUGCGUGUAAAUAUAGAAUGUCCUGUAUAUAGUUUUUAGAUUUAAACGACGUCCGACGCGAACCUCAUAGGCACCUUACACACACACAUUCGAUACCUACUGCGGAUAGGUGUGGCUGAACAGCGUCUUAUAUCUUUAUAAUAUACAUACACCGAACGCCCUAUCCUUCCAUAAUGCUCUUAGAUUUAUACCUACCCGAUUUACACUCGAUAUUAACAUCUAAACGCUACACUAUCAUCUACACACUGUAACAAAUUGUAUUAUAUUUUAUAUAUAUAAAUAUGUAAAUGUUUUUCUAA